AUGGCUUUGUAUUGCAAGAGCAUUCAGGAGUUGACCGUGGAGGAUAAUGAUUCGACUAAUGGCGACGCUUUGGUGGACCUGAUCAAAGUUCAGAAAGAUCUUUGUAGAUUCACAAUAAGAGAUUGGUGGGGGUGCCUUGUGAACAUAGUUCAAGCACUCACGGCACAAGUAGAUACAUUAGUUUACGUAGAAAUCUAUGGUUGUCACUUCUAUGAACUUGUAGACGACUCUCGAACAUUUGAAGGCUUAACGUCAUGUGUAAAUUUAGAGACCUUGAAGAUCGAAGAAUGUUAUAAUAUAACCAGCGAGAUUAUGCAACCAUUAGCUACCACGGUGUUGCCGAAAUUAAAAACAUUGUACUUUUCAAAUUUCAUGUUUCCUGAUGAAGACAACAGUUCACCUCAUCUAGAACUCACAGCAAUGAUACAAAAUAUGAAUAGUAAUUUAGAACAAUUACGUCUGAACAUGGAUUUGGAUAGCUAUCCAGAGAUAAUCCAAACCUGCGCGAAGAAUUGCCCAAAUCUAACUUAUUUCAAGGCCAAAAUCCAGAAUUAUGACGAGAUAAAUCAGCUAUUGGUGUUGAUCGAAAACUGUAGAAAAUUAGUGACAUUGGAAAUCCUGUCAGAAAAAUGGGAUUUUGAGAAUGACCGUGAAGAUGGAAGAUUAGGAAGAAAUGAUUAUGGAUUACCGCUAUUGCCGUUGGAAUUCUUUCCCUAUAUGGCCCAAUUGACGCCGUCCACCUUAAAAUAUUUGGAAAUAGAUGGGUGGACGUGCACACCUAUGGAAUUGGAAAUCUUUUUAACUAGUUGUAAAGCAAGAUUGAAGAAAAUGUCUCUUAUGUGUUUUAAAAAUAGCAAAGAUUAUUUGGAG